AUGGAGUGUAUAAAGCACAUUAUAAAGAGCAUGGUCUCUGUGAAGGUUUGGGCGUACAUCAAGGGCUACUGUAAACGCAACGGGUUGCUGACGCUCUCGGUCAUCGCCGUGGUUUCUGGCUGUGUGCUCGGCUUCUCCCUCCGCAGCUUCAACCUCUCCACGCAGGCAAAGAUCUACUUCUCGUUCCCUGGAGAACUGCUGAUGAGGAUGUUGAAGAUGCUGAUCCUGCCUCUCAUCACGUCCAGUCUGAUGUCGGGGCUGUCAGCCAUGGACACUAAGGCCAGCGGGCGGCUGGGGGUGCUAACCAUCACCUACUACCUGUGGACCACCUUCAUCGCUGUCAUCGUCGGAAUCAUCCUGGUGCUGGUCAUCCACCCUGGUACGGGCACAGAGAAGGACGGGCACAGAGGAGGGUCAGGGCCCGUUAUGACUUCUGCUGACGCUCUGCUGGACCUCAUCAGGAACAUGAUUCCCUCCAAUCUGAUAGAGGCAACAUUUCAACAGUACCGUACAGACUUGGUGCCCAUAGUGGCCUCCAGUUUGGUGGAGUCCCAGGCCAACUACGUCUACGUGAUGCCCGACCACAACAACCCUCAGCUGGGCCACCCUGUCUUCCUGGAGAUCACCCCAGCUCCAGACAUCAAGUACAAGAUCGUCCCUGGCCACAGCUCUGGCAUGAACGUACUGGGGAUUGUCAUCUUCUCUGCUACUAUGGGCCUGCUCCUGGGGAAGAUGGGCGAGAGAGGCGCUCCAUUGGUCAAUGUGUGUCAGUGUGUCAACGAGUGUGUUAUGAAGAUCAUCAAUGCUGCCAUGUGGUAUUUCCCUUUCGGCAUUGUGUUCCUGGUAGCAGGGAAGAUCCUGGACAUGCAUGACCCCGCCCACCUGGGAGAGAAGCUGGGGAUGUACUUCAUCACAGUGUUAGCCGGCCUGUUUGUCCACGGACUCAUCCUGCUGCCGCUCUUCUACUUUGUAAUCACACGCAAAAACCCCUUCACCUACAUCCGAGGCCUGCUACAGGCUCUGGUCAUCGCCCUGGCAACCUCCUCCAGUUCCGCCACCCUGCCCAUCACCAUGAAAUGUCUAUUGGAGAACUGUGGAGUGGACAGACAGAUCGCCAGGUUUGUCCUUCCAGUGGGAGCCACCAUCAACAUGGACGGGACAGCCCUCUACGAGGCCGUGGCAGCCAUUUUUAUCGCUCAGGUCAACGAGUACGAACUGGACUUUGGUCAGCUGGUCACCAUCAGUAUCACAGCAACAGCGGCCAGUAUCGGGGCUGCUGGGAUUCCGCAGGCGGGCCUGGUUACCAUGGUGAUCGUCUUGACCUCUGUGGGGCUGCCGCCCGCUGACAUCACACUGAUCGUGGCCAUCGACUGGGUCCUGGAUCGUUUCCGGACCAUGAUCAAUGUGUUGGGAGACGCCCUGGCUGCAGGCAUCAUGUGUCACCUCUGUAAGAAGGACUUUGAGAGGAGGGAGUCAAACGCUAACUCUGCCCGGAGGGACACAGUGAUCUCCUUCGGUGGCCAGAGUGUCCAGAGUUGUGCCCUGUCCGAUGCUCCUCUCAUGGACUAUGCCCAUCGCUGUGACUAUGUCUACGAGGUGGAAGGUGACUGUGUCACAGAGAGAUCUGGCCCCACUUACAACCUGUGUCAGGUUUAG